CGUCGAUUCAAGGGUCUCUGUCCCAAACCCUGAAUGCCAUCUCAAUCAGUCAAACCGAGCUAUCCGCUAAUUAUGUUUCAAACACCCUCCGUACCUUCCUCUACAGAUACCGAAUCGACGGUCUCGAAACUCACGGGUGUUCGCCAUAUGGUACGACAGGUACCCCCGUCCGCCAAUUGGGAUCUAGCAAUCACUCGGUUGCAUUGUCUUACUUCGGGCCUUCCAUCAGCGUAAAGCGAGCAGGCAAAGAACAAAGCACUGGAUUCCCCACCGGGCUCAAGAAGAACAAUAGAUGACAAGGCUUUGGCCCUCACGCUGAGAUCAGCAUCAGAGCUCAAAGCGCCGGCCCAGGAUUAUAUAUAAGAGAGACGGAGGAGACGUGCGUGGCUUUUUCCUAAUACCUAUCUGUUGCCCGACCGAACAAUGCAGACACCAGCGGAUGCGUGCACGAUACCCAUAUCCGUGCGCCCUGGCGCGCAGCGCACACUCACCGCCGUCGGGCGGGGCAUCAAGGCUAUCUUGCAAACGGCCGUGUCAGGCCGGCUUAUCAUCCGCCCGAAACGCCCCGAAGAAAGGCUUGCGAUCGAGAAACGAACUGCGGGGAACCAGAAGGAGGUGGAGGGGAGGGACACCGAGGAGACAGUGGUGACGGAGGAGGAUCACGGGGAGGGAGAGAAGAGUGACGAGAUACCCGAUGACACGGAAGUCUACAUGAAGAGCGAAAUCGCUGGCUGGUACACCCCGCCCCCGACUCCCGGGGCUCGCUGGCCUGCUUCCGCCGUGACUGCGCCGAGCGUGUGGCCAAACUUCGCGACGACGGAGCCUGUGGACGAGAUCCACCAAACGCUUGUUGAGCUCGGGAUCAAAGUGCGGGACUUUGCGUAUCCCAGCCAUUGUGUGGCGCGCACCGACCCUCUUGCACCAGAGCCAAUGAAACUUUUGUCUGGUGAAACGUCGCCGCUAGUCCCCACACCGGACAUUCCUCGCCAGGGUACACCCUGGGAGCCACCACACCCGAGCCUUCGCCCGCUGCCCGAAUCGUCUGCUCUCAAAAUCCGCGAUGCCCUCUGCAAGAAAUAUGACGUGCCGAUGCUCAAGCCGGCUCGUGUGCCGAUGUACGAGACUCACCGGAUCCCCGCCCCGUUCAGUCCCGUGCAGAUCGUGAUGUACAUCGAGGGCCGGCUGUCCCAGACUCCGCGGACGAUUCCAAUUCUAGGGAUGUACACGCGCAGACUCCUCUCGAUUUCACCGUUUCUGGUCGAUCUGUCGCGCUACCACGAGAUGGAUCUGGAAGAGCUCCGUCGGUACGAUGCGCGCAUCCUGCGGCGGGCCGUGGAAGCCGGGAUCGAGCCGUAUCCCUGGAAGGUCGUGGGCGUGCCGCACGGGUGGGCGCCUUCGCCGGAGUGGCAAGAUCUUCUAGCACUGGUCGGGAGGACGGACAUCGAGGAGUGGUAUGACCCCCAGACGCAGGGCACGCUGCUGACUACCUUCAUCCAAGAACGGCGAAAGGACGAUCUCUGGGAAAACGAGGAGUUGGACAGUCUUGCCGCGGAGAACGCUGGGCACGGCCUGUCUCCGGGAAAGUACUUGACUAGUCCAACGUCAUCGAGCCAGAAAGCCUCGCUCGACCCGGAUACGGUGAAACGCUUCGUCGAGCAUCCAGACACAACGGAGGCCAGCGAGUACUUCCGGGACGUCCGGGCGGAGCUGGACCUGGUCAACGAAGACAUGCUGACAGGGAGGCAGAAGAUUCUGACAUGGUUCAAACGCCGGGACAGCUACGUUCCAGAGGGCCCCGAAUUCGACUACCUCUCGGAUCUCGUGCUCCUGCUGGGUCACGUCGACCGUGCGGCUCGCCUGCCCGCGGAGGUUCCCGACGGACCUGACGUUCGCGCUCUGACUCGCCAGUUCUAUCCCGGCAUGCGGACUCCCUUCAUCCCCGGUCUGACUGACCCCUACGGUGAUGUAGUCGCCUAUUGGGGCCCGGAUGCCGUCUGGGAUCUGUACCGGAUGUUCGCUGCUCCUCCGCCAACAGAGCCGGGAAAGACACUGAACCACUACCUGGAAACGUACUCGACGAUCACCACCUCUGCGACGCCGAUCGUCACGGCCGUCACGGACGACUCCUUCUUGAUGAAUAGCAUAUCGAGCAACGUCUACGACGUGGCGACCUAUGAAGAAUCUGCACAGGAUAUCAAGACUGCGCGGAGGUUGUGUGCCUUGAAAGAAGAGAGAGCGCAGCAGCAAGCUUUGGAAGAAGCCAAACGCGUCCAUGCGGGGCGUCAGAGCCAGUCGCCACCGCUCAAGCGCAAGGCUGAGGUCGACGAGCUUCCGGAGGGGGAAACUGAAUCAAAGAAAGCGCGUACUGAAGUGUAGAUAGUCUACUCAAAUUGACGUUGCUCUUGCAAUAACAGACGGAAGAUUGUACCAGCCCCUUCUAAUUGAUGAAAGAUGUCGUCUGUCAGAAAAACAGACACGUGACGAAUUACCGUCCUAUUAUACCAUCGACGGUCGCUUCCUCUACUGCGAAACCAUCAACGAAGGAGGCAGGGAAUGGACUGCCUUUUCGCCAAUGAACCUAUGUGCAAAUUUCCAUGCAGAACCGCAUUGCGCCCUCCAUGAAUAGCCUGACUGACAAGCCACUAUCGGUGGGGUCGAUCUAACUAUUUUCGGCGCCAACUGUGCUCUUGCGACUCAAGACACUGAACAACCCAUCGAUAUCCCCCUCCCGCAAAGCCAUGAUAGGCCCGAAAUUUGUGCAAGCCAGGAACCGGGUUCUGCCCCCAGUCCUCUCAAGAGACGCAACUGCAAUCCUUUGCAAGCUGAUUAGCAUCUCCACUGAAUCCGGGUGUCUUCCAUGAAGCCGUUCCUGUGUGACAGGUGCUGGGCGCUGACAGGCCAUUGCCCAUGUAUAUGGCCAAGGCUGGCCAGCCGCGGUCCAAUCGACGCUCUUCGGGGCCCUGACACCAGACACCUGCGAUCCCAGUCUACACAACUGCAGGAGCGCCUUCUCCAUCGUCUGGGGAUGCCUCACCACGCUCUUCGCCUGCACGUGGGUCUCCGUUCACCCGAACGUCCCGUCGCCGCAUAAAGGCUCGUUUGGGAAAGUCUGGGGGAGACUGAAGCUCAUGCUUGUGGCCCUGAUCGCGCCGGAGCUGAUCGUCGGAUUCGCGGCGAGGCAGAUGCUUGCGGCGCGGUUCUUCUCGCGAGCACUGGGUGUAUCCAAGACCCACGGCUUCUUCAUUACGAUGGGGGGCUUUGUGUCCGGGAUCGGACAUCAUCCACUCGUCACGCUCGGGCAGCUCAAUCCUGUGGUGGUAGACAUCAAGCACGUGCGGAAAGAGGAGAUCCAGGACAAGAGCAAGGGCGAUGCCCUCGCGAAGAUGGUUGCGAUCGGCCAGUUGAUCUGGUUCACCACGCAGUGCACGUUCCGGGUGCUGCAGCAUCUGCCCCUCACUGAGCUCGAGGUCGCGACGUUCGCGUUUGCGUCUGUCGACAUCUUCAUCUGGAUGCUGUGGUGGGGCAAGCCGCUCGGUGUGGAGGAGCCCAUCCCCAUCGGCCCUGUCAGUGAUCUGCGCGAAGAGGAGUCGACGAUCCCCUGGCUCACCAAGUUCAUCGGGGUGCUGCUGGGCUCAUACGGCAAGAACUACAACCCGCAGACGUCGAGCUCGGUCCCGUCCUACUGGUCGAUGGACUACGACGACUCACCGCACGGGGACAGCACCAGCUUCUUCGUGGAAUGCAUCACCGCGCUGCUGUUCGGUGCACUGCACUGCAUCGCGUGGAACGCCGCGUUUCCGACCGUCUGGGAGAUGCGGCUUUGGCGCUUGUCCUCGCUGUUCGUUACGUUCGCGCCGGUCGUGCUGUUGCUGUUCGGGUUCGCGGUGAUGCUGUCCCUCAAGCACGAAAAAUACACGCCGGUUGCGUUCCGGCUCGUGCUGGUUUUCCUCAUCCUCGUUCCGUUCUAUGUCGUGGCGCGCCUGCUGCUGCUGGGACUUCCAUUCGCGGCUCUGCGCAAUCUUCCGUCGGGCGCGUUCAUCGAUGUGAACUGGAAAAAAUACAUGCCCAGCUUCGUCGCCAAGUAUAAUUAGAACCUAUACGAACGUUUCGUCCGCUUUCUUGCUUAUAUUCUAGAGGUAUUGGGUAAUAGUGGAGGACAAUUGCAAUCAUGUACUCGCAUAGUGUAACGACAAGUCAACUUUGUGGCCACUCAAUGUCGUCGCUGACAAAAACUAACAACCUCUCGAUGUCUGGAUCAAUCUUCUCCUGCCGGAGCCGCUGCUCAAACUCUACCCUCAUCCACUCCGAAUGCCAGACACCACGGAUCUCCAGCCGCCGAAGCCGUCGGAUGAAACGGGAUUCUCUGAUCGUCUGCAUCAGAUUCGCCACGGUCGUCGUCCCACUGACGCGCGACUCUAAGGAAGGAUAAUCGAAGAUUAUCUUCACACCAAGGCACAGGAUCUCCAGCGGCGCCUCGUCCAUGCUCUCUAGCAUAGAUAUCACUCGGGGACCGGUCCUGAUCCCGGAGAUCUGACCGUCAGCAAGCGUUUCUCCCGUCGCAUAGCCAACGAAAAUUGUUGCGCCGAUGUGUAAAGAUCGGAGCGCGGAGGAGGGGAAGGUCGUAAUGGCCGCAGGAAGAU